AUGAAUUCUGCAAAUUAUUGAGUUUGCCCCACUUGCAAAUUUGACUAUAACACAGGCAUUUGCUGUCCCAAAUUCUUGCCUUGAGGCCAUACAGCAUGCUUAGGAUGCAUAACUAGAGCAUAUAUUAACAUGUUGGAGUUUGAAUGACAGAUGUGUGGAAAAAUUGACUCAAAUCUCUAAAUUUAGAACUCCCAGACCCAACUCUUCUAGAGGAUGACCAAGAAACCUUAAAAGUAAUUGAAGCCAUAAAAUAUGCUCAUGGAUCUCGCAAGGAGAGAAGCAGUCGUUCUCCUUCCCCGAAUAGAGGACAGAAGAGGUUUCCUCAUACAGAUAAACCAAUUAGAGACUUCAGAGAUUCUAUAAGCCAACGGACUAUAAGUGAAAGGGACAUGCUCGCUGACAGCGACAGUAGAAUGAGUGUUGACGGUGAUCGAGCAAACAGUGGGGCCUUUUAUGAAAGAAGAAACUCCUUCCAACAAAGAUUUCAGCCCAAAUUCACCUCAAGAAAUGCUGAUUUUGGUCGAAAGAGGACAGACUAUCAUACUACAAAGAGAGAGGUGUUGUUUAAAGAUCAGGAUGAAAAUAAUUUUAAAGAGAGAGAGUUUUCAUUCUCAAAGGAAGACAAGUUCAAAACUCCUGCUCCUGCAAGAGGGUUCAAGCUCAUAUCACCUCUGUCUGUGAAUCCCUUUAAGGAGCCAGAAGAAGUCAAAGAAGAACAAGGUAAAAAUACAUUCAAUAUAUCUACUGAAUGACUCAGAGAUGGAUGUAAAUAUCUGAGAAAGACUGAACCCAAUAGAUACAACACAGAAGGGGUGACUUACUCCAACAAAUAUUGAAGUGAAGAUUGCCAAAAGAUAGCAGAAAAUUUCAAAGAUUUCAGUCACUCUAAAACAUUUGGGUUUAGGUCAAGCAAGUUCUCAAGAAACCCUUUCAGAAGAAUGGCUUAAUCUCAGAAUUAAGGGAAGUGGAUAAUAGUAGAAGUGGCUACUAUUACUCGGAAAUAUUCAAUCA